GUCAUUCACAUCUUGUUUUACCCAUCCUCUUCCUACCAUGCAAACUACUCUAGCUAUAGACAGAAACAACCAGGCUGUUGAACUGCCCGGUACCGCACGACCUGGCCAGACUGGCAUUUUUCGACGCAAAGGAGCCGAGAACGGCCUCCUCUCCAUUCCGCUUUCUCAUCCUGAAAUCAAAACCGUCUAUGAUGGCUUCCAACACGGUCUUAACCUCAUGCCAAACAGCCCCGCUCUAGGUUAUCGUCCAUAUAAUCCAGUGACAGGGACGUAUGGUGGGUAUGUCUGGGAAACUUAUACCCAGGUGAAUGAUCGCAUCACCCGGUUCGGUAGUGGUCUAGUCAAGGUUCAUCAAGAAGCCCUUGGAUUGGCUGCGGUGGCCCAGCGAUGGUCUCUCGGUAUAUGGGCUAUUAACAGACCUGAAUGGACCAUCGCAUCCGAGGCGUGCUCGGCCUACAAUAUCGUCUCUGUUGGCUUGUACGAUACCUUGGGCCCUGAGGCUGUCACCUUCGGCGUCAAUCACUCUGAGUGCUCUGCCGUUGUCACAAGUGCUGAUCAUGUCGCAAGUCUACUGAACGAUAUAACCAAGAUGCCUGGGCUGAAGAUCGUCAUCAGCAUGGAUCCCUUGGAUUCCUCAAACCAACCCGGUCGAGUAGCCGCUGGGUCUGUGCUUAGAACUUAUGCGAAAGAUAAGGGUGUUCUCCUUUACGACUGGGCUGAAAUCGAGGCUAUCGGUGCUCAAUUUGGACGUAAGCAUACUCCUGCAAGUCCGUCUGACAUCUACACGAUUUGCUACACCAGUGGGACAACAGGUUUACCAAAAGGAGCCAUUAUGACCCAUGCCAACAUGGUCGCGGUUAUAGCCUCUGCCGACAUAAUAACGCCCUUAGAAAGCUCAGAUAUCCUUAUUAGCUAUUUACCCUUGCCACAUAUCUUUGGACGCCUCGUAGAAAUCUUUACUUUCUCUUCUGGAGGCAGAAUUGGAUAUAGUACAGGCGACCAGGCUACAUUAUUGGAUGAUUUUGCGCAUCUGAAGCCAACGUUCUUCCCAACGAUUCCUCGUUUGUUGAACCGAGUGUAUGCCAAGGUUUAUGCUGCCACAGUAGGCGCUCCCGGUUUGGCAGGUAUCCUUGCCAGAAAGGGCCUUGAAACCAAGCUGGCGAAUUUGAAAGCUGGGAAGGGUGUCACCCAUCCAUUCUGGGAUCGCAUCCUGUUUUCAAAGGUGAAGCAGGCUAUUGGUGGCAAUGUGCGCCUCAUCUUGACAGCUUCGGCUCCCAUCUCGGCUGAAAUUUUGGCCUUUACCCGAGUUGCCUUCUGUUGUGAAGUAAUGGAGGCGUACGGGCAGACGGAGGGCACAGGGGCCGCCACUAAUACUAACCCAGGGGAGGUAGACGCAGGGCACGUCGGGGCUCCUAAUGCCUGUUGUGAGCUCAAGCUUGUUGAUGUUCCUGCGCUUGACUACUUUGCGACAGAUAAACCCUACCCUCGUGGCGAGAUCUGUGUCCGUGGACCAAGUGUUAUUUCUGGGUAUCUUAAAGAUGAAGCGAAGACGAGAGAAACUAUUGAUGAAGAGGGAUGGUUACAUUCUGGUGAUAUUGGGGUCUUGAGGCCCAAUGGAACCAUUACUAUCAUUGACAGAAAGAAAAACGUUUUCAAGCUCAGCCAAGGAGAGUAUGUAGCGGCAGAGAAUAUCGAAGGAAAGUUCCUAGCACGAAUUCCAUUCAUCCAACAGAUUUUUAUCCAUGGUGACUCGCAUGAAAGUUGCCUGGUCGCUAUUUUGGUCCCUGAGCCAGACAUGUUCAUCCCAUUCGCUAACAAGAUUCUUCAGGACGCCAAUGUCGUGCUGGGUGAUUCUGCUACCUACAAAAAAAUAUGUAAAGAUCAAAAGCUGCGGAAGGCUGUUCUUCAAGAGCUCAUCAGCGCUGGCAAGCAGGCUGGAUUGAAGGGGUUCGAGAUACCCAAGACACUCUUAUUGGAGACAGAAGCGUUCACGGUUGAGAAUGAUAUGAUUACUCCAACUUUCAAGCUAAAAAGGCACGCUGUUGCUAAACACUAUCGCGAGCAAGUCACGGCACUCUACAACGAGAUUCACCAAGCAGAGUCAAAGCUCUAAAGAAU